AUGUACAGCAUCGACACGGUACAUUCAAGCUAUACGGCAGCAAAGAAUCGAGUCCGUCAAUACAACCAAUUUGUGGUGCUCCUGAAGCGUGAUGAAGAUGCAUGGGAACAGAGACUCAAGGAAGCAGGUUAUGUAGUGAUCGAACAGCGUUUGUGUAGGGUGGCACUUGACGGAUUCGAGGUGGAAGACGAUGAACAGGACGCGUUGCUCAAGUGCACCGUUGACACGGUGUUCGCCAACUUUAUUGCAGCUCAGCACAGAGUCCGCCAGUACAACCAAUUCCUGACCAUUCUGAAUGGUGAGGAAGAGGCAUGGGCACAAAGAUUUCAGAAGGCAUCAUCGGUAAUGCCGGAUUACCAACCUAGUGCUACAAGACAUGUUCCUAUGGCAAAUAUGGUAAUGCCUAAUGAGGGAUCCAGUCUGAACGCGCGGUUCCUUCGUCGCCCUUUGCUGGGAUUUCGUACAGAGGACAAGAAACAAACAAAAUUUUCCCAUUCCUACUAUUACUAUCCUGAGAGGGCGACCGGAGACUCCGCUCUCAAAUGGGACCGUCGUUCCAAGGGAGAUGUCGGACUUGCCGGAAUAUACAAUGGUCACGGUAGUCUACUACUAGGAGUACUAGAUCCGUAUUAUAUAUAUCGGAUAGCUACCUACGACAAUCGCCGUAUGAUCACAACUUCUCAUGCUCCGCGUUGCUCUUGGGAGAGGGAUACAGAUUUUCGUGGCCUUAGCAGGCAUCGCUCCAUCUGCAGGCAUUACCGCAAGGAAAGCACACUAGCUACCGAGAGAAGGCGGAACCGCGCACAGGAAUCCGUUCAAACCUUGCAAAGGUCCUCACAGCUCGCGACUAGCAGUGGUACUCCUAGGCUCGGACCAGUUCUAUUUACAAAGAACGGUCACUUGAAACCUAUAGCCCGUAGCGAACCUAUGGUGUUUGGUACCCUACAUCAACCUAUCCACCCAGCCAUCACCGCUCGUGCUAGUACGCCCACUCAUAUGUCGAACUUCGACUCCGACGUCUUGGAUGUUGCCAUGGAGGAUCUUGAUGAGCGAGGCUAUGAUUCCCCAGUAGUACUCAUUGUCAUCACCAACAGCCACAGGUCAACACUCCUCGCAACGCAAGCCUAG